AUGAAAACCCGCAGAUCCAAUCGCACCAAACGGUACACUGUUGAAAAGUACGACUUUGAAGGCAGUUCCGAUGAGGAAAUCCUCAGGCGGGCCGCGAACGCAGAGGACGAUGACAACUUUGACGUGACUGCCGCCGCCGAGGAAAGCGCUGAAGAAGAAGAGCUCGCGCUUGAGGAGGAGGCUCUCGAGUCUGAAGGCUUCGUCAGUGAGCCCGAUGGCAUCCCCGAUAGGUUCGCGCGCCAGCGGAUAAAGCCCAUUCGACCGUUCAAUGUGCGCGCUGCUGGCCUGACCGGUUAUCUUGAUGUCGAGCCUGUGGCGGAUGGCCGCAUCGUGAGGUCGUACUGGGGACCUUAUGACCGCGGCGUCAAGGGCCGCCCACUCAUCGAAGCAUGGUACGGGCGACAUGAAGAUGGCAUCAAGAUGGUGCAGGGUAUGUUGGACCGGUGGAUGGACUGGACAGCGCUGCCUCCAAAGGUGAAGGGCGAGGGCGGUCAGAAGAACAGGGGCGUCUGGUCGCCCAACUUCUUUGAGAGAGAGGCUUACAACGCUGAACACUGGUAUGAACGUGUCAGGGAGAGUUUGCCGGACGCCGAUUCGCGAGUACGACUACCCCCGGAGGAAGCUCAGCUGUAUCAGUUUCGACGAGAGGCGAUGCCGGUGUUGAUGGGACCGCUCACGUCUCAGCAAGAGGUCAAAUUCGAGCCCGGAGACGCAUACCCAAUCUCACAAGACGGACUACCCAUAUCAGAGGAAGACGAAUCCAGCGCGGCUGCGGGAUGGAUGUUUGAUACCGGCGGCAUCGUCACCAGCAUGGACUGGGCACCUCUCCACAGCGCCAACGCGCCGCAGCUUCUUGCACUCUGCGUUAUCCCACACUCUGACCAAGAGCACUACGACUACGAGCAAGAAUCCAUGAAGCCCGACUUUCAGAAGUAUGGUGCCGUUCAGCUUUGGGAAUUUGUGGGCGAAAGGCAAGAAGACGGGUUUGCUCGGCCAUCUUCACGGAAACCGACUUUGCGCAAGACGAUAUGUUUAGAGUAUGGGCGUGCGCGGAGGGUCAAAUGGAGUCCGGCCUGUGGGUUCUUGGCUGUGCUUUGCGAUGAUGGGAAUGUUUACGUUGUUGACGCCGGUGACGAUGGAGAGGGAGACUAUGAGAAGGUACAAGAGCCUGUGGCAUGUUUUGGGUUCCCUGAUGAAGACAUUAAAGCGACGGCUCUAACGUGGAUCAACUUCAACCGACUUGUAGUUGGCUACACAGAUGGUUCUAUAUCUAUCUGGUCAAUCCGUCCCAACCGCCUACUCUCUCGACAUCCCGUUCACCACAACAUCGUCGUUGACCUCGUGUCAGGAUACCCAGCUAUGCCCUAUCUCAUCGCCUCCACCCCUGUCGGAGGAACCGUCAGACUCAUUGACCUCCGAGCUCCGAGUCACGAAUCCACCGAAGUUCAAAGUCUUACAGUUGGCACGCAGCCAAACCUGCUUGGUUACAGCGAUCACAUGCUGGGCUUUUACUCCAUGUAUCCCUCGGCCGGUGUUCUCAACACGCACAUUGGCUUCAUGCAUCACUCCCAAUUUCCGGUUGCCCGUCGUGUCUUCACGGGAGAGAGUUUUCCCUCCUGUCUCGCUGUUGGGCGGACACAUCCAUACCUCCUUGUGGGUUCCCUAGACGGUUCUCUCUGGUCAAUUAAUCCCCAGGUCGAGCUCUUUACGACCAGACGCGAGCCCACAGAUCGCAUCCGGGUCUUCCAUCACGAACACCGACCCGCCAAAUUAUUCCCUGCUGGCUCGCCUGCUGCGGCACGAGGAGUUGCCAGGGUAGCACAAGGGUUCAUCCUGGAGCGAAACCUCAACAAGCAGUCAAACUACAAGCCACCUGUCAAGAAAGGAAAGAAGCCGAAGAAGAAGGAGAGCGACGCGGCUGCGGCCGACGAUGAUGACGCAGGCGCAGCCACGGAUCCAACGAGGGCCAUUAUUUAUGAGCCGUUGACGAGGCCAUGGCAUCGGGGCUCGUCAGGGUCAUGGAUCUCGGGCUAG